UAAAUUAUUUUUAUUCUUAUCAUUGUUAUCAUUUUUUUCCCUGUUCAUUUCAAAAUCAAAAUUCGUUUCUCGUUUCUUGAUGGCAAGUUAAGUUAAAAUUGAGAAAAUCAACAUGAUAACCGAUAAUUAUUUGUCCUAAGAACAUAAUAAACUAUAAAAUAACGAUGACGAAGACUUAAUUCGAAGCGUAAGAAUAGAACGAUUUUGUAGAAUACCUUUCAGUGAAUGAAAAUACAGACACCAGUUUGAACCUUCAAAUGGCUGAAAACCCACCCAAAGUCAAAUUUUGGUACCCCAGAGCAGUAAUUUACGAUCCUCUGAAAGCCGGCAGUAUCGAUGGAACCGAUACCGAACCUCACGACAAAGCAGUUGUCCGAGCCCUGAACGCCGAAUAUAAACCGAAUUAUAAAGUAAAAGGAGUACCUGAGAAUACUAUAUUCAUCUCUCGUUUAAAUCGAAAAACAUCGGAGCGAACUUUAAAAGAAGAAUUCUCAAGAUACGGAAAAAUUGUACGAUGUCGUUUGGUUCGAGACAUAAUUACAAAUUUUUCACGAGGUUACGCUUUCAUCGAAUACGAAACUGAAAGAGAAGCUAAGAAAGCAGUUGAUAGAGGAGACAGAAGCGUUAUCGAUGAUAAAACUGUAUUCGUUGAUCACGAAUGCGAACGUUUAUUACCUGGCUGGGUUCCUCGUCGAUUGGGCGGUGGAUUUGGAGGUAAAAAAGAAUCCGGUCAGCUUCGAUUCGGUGGCAAAGAUAAACAAUUCGCAAAACCGAUUCGGUUAAUGGAAGAAUACGAACUGCGUAAUCAACUUACUAGUAAAUCAUUCAAAAAAUGAAAAGUUUUUCUGUCAAAAACAAAUUCUAUGGAUUUGAUAAAUGCUUUGACUUCUCCAAUUAUUCAAGCUGCGUUGAAGUGACUAAUGGAGAUUUUCAUCAAAGACUUGCGCAUUUCAUCGCUUGAUGUUGCUGAUCUGAUGCAACCAUAAUUUGACGUAUUGCUUUGUUUUCUACUCUUCGUCAAAACAAUGCGCGUUUCAUAACGUGAAGUAAUACUGUACUUAAACUGAAUUUGUAAACGAAUAAAGAACUCGUGAUA